CUUCAGAAAUGAAUUUUCUGCUUCUAGGUUUAUUUGAAGAUAAUGUCUUCGAAGGCCAAAACCCGAUGAAUUUCGAGUGUCUAAAGUGUGGAAAAUUGUAUCGUCAUAAGUGCAACUUGUACGCUCAUUUGAAACAUGAAUGCGGCAAAGCACCUUCGCUGCAGUGUCCACACUGUCCUUACAAAUCUACAAAGAAAAAUAAUUUGAGGCGACAUGUAGCUUUGAAACAUACCUACUCUUCCAAUUACAAUUAGUAACUUCAACUAGUUCUAAAUUUACAAUGAAACUAAGUUUUUUGGAGGAUGUAUUCGAAGAGCUACAGCACAGCUCAAAGGCUAUUUUCAAGUGCGAAAAGUGUGGAAGAGUUUAUAACUACAAGAGCAGUUUGUAUGCUCAUCAGAAGCAUGAAUGCGGCAAGGAGCCUUCAUUGCAGUGUCCCUACUGUCCUCAUAAAUCCAGGAAGAAAAAUCAUUUGACAAGUCAUGUAGCUUUGAAACAUUUCAAGAUUGCAAGUUGAUGCAAUGAAACUCAAUGGUUACCUAGCAAUGGCGGAAAAGCAUUGAAAGAGCCAUUGAACAUUGAAGUAGUAUAACUUAAUUUUAUUUCAAACCAAUAUGUAUCCCUCAAGCUAUGGUAAAUUUAUAAGAAUAUUUUACAAUCAGGCUUUGUUAUGAUUAUUCUAUUACCGUAUCUGAUAUAAUUACUUUUCUGUAUUACAGUGAAAAUACUAUGUAGUGUUGUGUUCGGUUUCACCAAGCUCAGUGAAG